AUGUGGAUAGUCAUUGGCAUUAUCGCUGUUGUGGUAGGCGCCGUGGUGUAUGGAACCUCCAUGCCGCGAAAUUUUCCACGCAACAUCCCUAGAGUGCCUCUUUGGCUUCACUUCUACACUGUUCUUAGGGGCGCCUCCAAAUCUGAUCUCUACAACAAGCUUGUCCGAGAGCCUAUCGAGAAGCAUGGCGCUGUUGCCUUUUGGAAUGAAGGUGCAUGGACAAUUCUGGUCAGCAAGCCAGAGUAUCUGGCGCAAAUCUUCAAAAACAGUGACCGAACUCUGAAGAAGAAGGGCCUAGCAGAGAGAAUUCCAUGGGGCAGUGGUGCGAAACUUUUUGGCAUCAACAUCAUCGACUCGGACGACGAGCAAUAUGCAACCUUCCGCAAGCUUCUCAAAGACGGCUUCUGCCUUCCUGCAUCGCUCGACUCGUUCCGUGACAAGGCCAAAGCCUUGGCGGAGGGACUUUUGCACGACCAAAGGGAGCCGCAGAACCAAAAGUCAGGCGUGUUGAUUGGACCGCCUGUUUGGCGAUGGGCACUUUCUGUCUGGGGCGACUACUUUUUGGAUGCCCAAUUCGGCAAAAUGGACUACCGAACGUUCAACAUUCAGCAAAUUCUCGGAGUGCAAAACCGAAAGUUCAUGGGCAGACUCAAAGGUCUUUUCCCAUUCUUGGACAAUCUUCCCUUCAAGUGGGCAGUCACCAAACACUCGGACAAAUUGUUGCACCAGGUCCAGCUGGGACUGGUUCGCCUUGCCGAUGAGAGAUGCAAAUUGCCGCCGCCCCCCGGUGGCGAGAAGAAGAUCGGAUUCAUCCUGCAUCGCGCACGCGAGGAAAACCUCAUGUCCGAUUAUCACUUCGAAUGCAACCACAAGCAGCUCUUCAUCGCCGGCCACGAGAAUGUGGAAACUACACUCAACUCGGCCAUGGAGGAGCUCGGCGCCAACCCACACAUUCAAAAUCUUCUUCGAGAGGAAGUCACAAAAGACAUUCCUUGGGACUAUUCAUUCAAGGAUCUCGACCAACUCCCUCUUCUCAAUGCCGUGAUUUACGAAGCGCUGCGCCUUUACCCUCCCCUUGGCCACAUGUCGAACCGCAUCGCAACAGUGCCCUACGUGCUGGGAGACGACAUCGCGGUGCCGCCGGGUAUGAUGCUUGGCUGGCACGCAUACGGAGUGCAGACCGACCCGCAGGUUUGGGGAGAAGACGCUCGCAAGUUCAACCCUCUCCGCUGGGGCAAAGACUCCGCUAGUCUCAAGCAGCAGCUGCGCCAAAGACAGGCUCGUGGUCAGUAUCUGCCAUUUGGCAUAUAUGGAAGAAAAUGCCUCGGAUACAAUAUCGCAAUGCAGAUGCUGCAGUGCGCCUUGUGCGAGCUUGUGCGCAACAUCGAGUGGAGGCACCCCAACGGCUACACCUUUUCCUACGGCAAGGCUGCUCUAGUUAUGCCCGACAACAUUACAAUGGAGAUUGUGGAAAGGCGAAGCGUGCCCGAGAAGCUGGUGCAAGAGGAAUGA